CAGAAGAGGAGAAAAAUCACUUGAGGGGGGAAAAAAAAAAAAAAAAACCCCCACCAAAACCCGUAGUUCUGCCCCCCUCGCUACUUUCUGGAGACCCCCACGCUCCCCUCAGCCAUGGUGAUGUUCAAGAAGGUGAAGACCUUCCUGAUGGCCUUCAGCGAGCCUGAGAAGGUCUACUGCAGCGGGGAGAAGGUGGCCGGGCGCGUGUUGGUGGAGGUGGCCGAGGUCACUCGCGUCAACGCCGUCAAGGUGCUGGCCUGCGGGGUGGCCAGGGUCAACUGGGCCAAGGGCCCCCAGCAGUGCAGGCAGGAGAUGGAGUACCUGCGCUUCGAGGACGUCCUCACCCUGGAGGAGCAGCCCACUGAUGGGGACGGCUCCGUAAUCCUCAGACCUGGAAACAAAUACGAGUACAAAUUCGGAUUCGAGCUUCCCCAGGGGCCGCUGGGUACCACCUUCAAGGGAAAGUACGGCUGCGUUGAUUACUGGGUGAAGGCUUUCCUGGAGCGCCCGUCCUUUCCCACCCAGGAGAUCAAGCAGCGCUUCGAGGUGAUGGAUCCUGUCGACGUGAACACGCCGGAAUUGCUGUCCCCGGUUGCUGCCAAGAAGGAGAAGAAGGUGUCCUGUAUGUUCAUCCCCGACGGACGCGUGUCGGUCAGCGCUCAGAUCGACAGGAAAGGCUUUUGCGAAGGCGACGAGAUCUGCAUCAAUGCCGACUUCGAGAACACUUGCUCCCGCAUCGUGGUGCCCAAGGCGGCCAUCGUCUCCAAGCACACCUACCUGGCCAACGGGCAGACCAAGGUCUUCACCCAGAAGCUCUCCUGCGUCCGAGGCAACCACAUCAUCUCGGGCAUGUCCGAGUCCUGGCGUGGCAAAACCAUCCGCGUCAAGAAGCUCAAGCCCUCCAUCCUGGGCUGCAACAUCCUGCGCGUGGAGUACUUCCUGCAGGUGAGCGGCGCCCGGCGCCGGCACCCCUCCUCCCGCCCUCCCUGGCUACGCUUCGCCCCCCCCUCCUCGUUCCCGACAUCCCCUAAAACUCCGCUUUGGGGCGCGGUGGCCGCCGCGAGGGGUCCUGGGUGGGCACCGCUGUGAGCUCCCCUCCAGUUUGGGGGGGUUUUGUCCCCCCCGUGCUACCUGGACAUCGUCCCUGAAGACCACCGCCUGGAGAGCCCCACCACGCCCCUCCUGGACGACACCGACAGCUUCGACAGCCCCAUCUUCAUGUACGCCCCCGAGUUCAAGUUCAUGCCGCCGCCCACCUACACGGAGGUGAGGAGCGGGGGGA